AUGGCAAGCGUUUCUUCGCUCCCGAAGACGAUGAAGGGCGUGCAGAUUGAGAAGACUGGUGGGACCGAGGUACUGCAGUUGAAGACUGAGAUACCGGUCCCGGAGCCGAAGGAGGGCGAGGUGCUAGUCAAGAACGAGUUUAUCGGGAUUAAUUAUAUUGAUACCUACUUCCGCUCCGGCGUCUACUCUCCCCCGUCCUUCCCCUACACCCUCGGCCGCGAAGGCGCCGGCACCAUCGCCGCCCUCGGCCCCAACACGCCCUCGGACCUCCAACUCGGCACCCGCGUAGCCUACAUGGGCCCCGCCGCCUACGCGGAAUACACGCCCGUAACCGCAAACUACAUGAUCCCCAUCCCGGACUCCAUCAGCACAAAAGUCGCCGCCGCCUCGCUGCUGCAAGCCCUCACAGCCGUGACGCUCAUCCGCGAAGCGUACCCCGUGCAAAAGGGCGACUGGGUGCUUGUCACCGCGGCGGCGGGGGGCGUGGGCCUGUGGCUGUGCCAGCUGCUGAAGGCCGUGGGCGCGCACACGAUAGCGACGGCGAGCACGGCGGAGAAGCGGGAGUUGGCGCGGCGGAAUGGCGCCGAGGUGCUGCUGGAGUAUCACGAGGAGGACAGGGAGAAGUUUGUGAAGAAGGUGCUUGAGGUUACGGGCGGCGAGGGUGUGCAUGCCGUGUUCGACUCGGUCGGGAAAGCGACGUUCGACAGCUGCCUUGCAGUAGUGCGCCGCAAGGGCACGAUGGUAUCCUUCGGGAAUGCCUCCGGCCCUGUUACGGGUUUCGCGUUGGCGCGGCUUUCAUCAAGGAACGUCAAGCUCCUCCGCCCUACGCUGUUCAACUACAUCGCCACGCGCGAGGAGCUGCAGCAGUACGCGCAGGAGCUGUGGAACUUCAUCGAGAAGGACGGCUUGAAUGUUAAGAUCCACGACGUGUAUCCUCUAUCGGACGUGGUACGCGCGACGCAGGAUAUUGAGUCGAGGAAGACGACGGGGAAGUUGUUGCUGCAGCCUUAA